UUUGUUUUGAGGCGGUCCAGUUGGUCGGCCGGCGACGCUCGAGCCGAGCGUUUCCCACGUGAAACAUGAACGGCUCGCAUUUCGAUACGCGCCGCGCCUCGCCGCACUCGCGCUCACGAUAACAUCUGCAAAUCCGAUAUUUAGGCCGGCGAUAGCGCGAUACGGCUCGAUUUCGUGAUCCGCGACGGUCGCCCGGACCAUGUGAUCGCUCCCCGUCGCUGGGAGCGAGGACCGAACAAAAAAGCCGCCCGCUAAUGUCUACCCCUCCCGGUCGCAACAAAAAAGGGAUAAAAAGACUAUUCUUGGAAUGCGCACAUGUGGACGCCGGGUAAUCUUGAGUGCCAUUAUUGAGACUGCAGUUCACGAUGCCUCGGAGGAGCAAGUGGAUGCAUCUGGCGGCGGGUGUCGUGGCCGGAGUCACGCUGGGGAUGUUCUUCAAACUGUGCCUGCGCUCCUCCUCUAGGACUUCUUUAGAGACUUGUCCAGUGGCUUCUAAGUACGUCGCUCCCGACCCGCUGGCCUUGAUAGGCCUCGGGCCCGACGAGACAGUGCAAAAUUCUAACAGGACUUUAGUGUUUGUGGGUGUGAUGACGGCGGAACAGUAUCUGGGAUCGAGAGCAAAAGCAGUGUACGAUACGUGGGCUCAGGAUCUGCCUGGGCGACUAGCGUUUUUCAGUUCGGAAGUAUCUCGGGCGCCGGGAUUGCCCCUGGUCCCGUUGAAGAAUGUGGACGAUAGUUACCCCCCGCAGAAGAAGUCUUUCCUCAUGAUUUUGUACAUGUAUGAAAAGUAUGGUGAUAGAUUCGAGUGGUUUAUGCGCGCUGAUGAUGACGUUUACGUUAGAGGUGAUAAGUUGGAAGAGUUCUUGCGUUCUGUGGACAGUCGGAAGCCGCAGUUUAUUGGGCAGGCUGGUAGGGGCACGAACGCAGAAAGGGACGCAUUAGCCUUGGAUUAUAAUGAGAACUUUUGUAUGGGUGGCCCUGGUGUGCUGUUUUCACGGGAAACCCUAAGGAGAGUGGCGCCUCAUGUGAAAUAUUGUCUGAAGCAUCUGUACACCACCCAUGAAGACGUGGAAUUGGGGCGAUGUGUCGCCAAGUUUGCUGGAGUGUCCUGUACAUGGAGUUACGAUAUGCAAAUGAUCUUACACCACAACAGUAGCGGCGAGGCUGCGUACACGGGGCGCCUGAAGAAGAGGGAGGUUCACAGGGCCAUCACCCUCCAUCCGGUGAAGGACCAUAGGCAGAUGUACCGGCUUCACUCCUAUUUCAAGAACCUUCGUAUACAAGAAUUAAGAGAGCGUUCGGUAGACCUUCAUCGGGACAUAGCUGCCUCCAUGAGGGAACUGUCCGUGCCCGAAGAUGAAGUGGAAGAUUACGUUCUUCCUGGAGACGUCCCGCUUUUCCCGGCCAAGCUCGGGGAGCGAGGAUAUUUGGGGAACAAUAAGAUUUUAGGUGCUCCCCUGGACAUGAACCGGUACAAGCCCAGCACGUUGGACGACAUUGUGCCUUUUGAUUUCAUCAGCAAGUCCAUAUACUCCGUGAGCCAUAACAACCCGAAGAGAAGGAUUGAGUCACCGCUGAAGGAGGCGCUUGAUGAUGUGAUAAGAGAAGUCAUGGAGAUCAUCAACGCGCCGUCUCGCCAGCGCGGGCGUAUCAUCGAUUUCAACGAGCUUCUCUACGGCUACACCCGGCUCCAACCUCUACAUGGAGUAGACCAUAUCCUAGAUUUACUGCUGAAGUACAGGAGAUAUAGAGGAAGGAAGAUGACGGCGGCUGUGAGAAGACACGCUUAUUUGCAGCAGUCUUUUACUGGAAUGGAGAUUCGAGAACUGCCAAUGGGAGAGCCCCCACCAUUCGAAGAUCCAGAAGUACUAGGGAAAGAAGGGGAUGUAAAAGAGCUCAUUAAAGAUUAUGACUUUGAUGAAACAAGUCAACAACAAACUGGCUUCCUAGACUUCGGGAAACUUGGUGUAAAAGAAGCCCUUGAAAGCGGACUGAUGAAACUACAGAAUUUACCUAACGUACUGAAGUGGGGCAAUGAAGAAUUUGCGGAGUACACAGUGUAUGAUAGAAGGAUCUACUUUAUACUUCCAUUACUUGGCAGGCAAGAAACAUUUUCAAGGUUCAUGAAAAAUUACGAAGAAAUCGUCCUGAAAUCAAACGAGGUUGUGACACUUAUAGUUGUACUUUAUUUGGAUGGUAAAAAUCCGCUGGAUUACAGAAAUUCGGAGUCAUUAAUUAAUUACUAUACGGAAACAUACGGAAAGGAAAUCAAAGUUGUCAAUAUGGGCUCGACUACGUUUUCUCGAGGUGCGGCGUUGACAGAGGGUCUCAAAAUGUGUUCCAGUGACGAUCUAGUAUUCUUUAUAGAUGUAGACAUGAUGUUUAAUUUCAUAACUUUAAGGAGAAUUAGAAUAAACACAAUUAAAUACAAUCAAGUGUACUUCCCAAUAGUGUUUAGUGAAUAUAAUCCGGACGUGGUGAAUGGUGAAGAUUACAAUAAAUUUAAAGAUGAACCUUUGGUGAUUAAUACGAAUUUAGGAAAAUAUGUGGCGAAUUCUGAUGAUGAUGUUAAAAGUGAUAGAGAAAUAGCUAAUUUGAAGUAUAGUAAGGAAAUUAACGAUGAUUACGGUUACUUCAGACAAUAUGGUUUUGGUAUCCUCGGCAUUUAUAAGCGCGAUUUCGAAAUGGUCGGUGGGUUUGAUUUGAGUAUCAAAGGUUGGGGUCUAGAAGAUGUGCAAUUGUUUGAAACGUUAAUAAAGUCAAACUUGACUGUAUACAGGGCUCCGGACGACAGUUUAGUUCAUAUUUUCCAUUCAGUGGACUGUGAUAAGAGUUUGGAAAAGAGUCAAUUUAUUAUGUGUCUUGGAACUAAGGCAUCGACGUACGGAAGUGAGAAACACAUGAUUUACUAUAUGUUGAAUCAUCCGGAGGUCUUGUGGCCUCAAGAAGAGAAAGGUGCUAGCUAGUACAGGGUUAAUGUAGGUAGGAAUUCAAUUAUGAUGAGAUUUAUCAAUUUUAUUGCUGACAAUGCAUAUCAUGUUGUUGAAGUGUUGUGGAAAUUGUAUAUUUUUAAUUUUUUGAUAUUUUUGUACAAAUACUUCGCAGUCGUUACUGUAUUGCUCUCUUUUCUUUCAAACCUCAGUAAUCUUUCGACUUCGAUGUUUUUCCAUAGACAAUCUAAAUUUACGUAAUUUGUUUCAUUAAGUAAGUUUCCUGAUUUUUGCUUUUCUUCUUUGCCCAACUUUUUUUUUCUUUCCAUUUCUUGAGGGUCGGGUUUUAUCAGUAAUUUACGCCAGGAUAUACUUUUCUGCGAUAUCAUUACUUUCUUAACCUUAAACGUUUCCUAAUCUUUAAAUUACAUGGACAAAAACAAAAUAAUACAAUUUAUAUAACCUGACUGGCCGUGACUAGACUUAUAUCUAAACAAAUGUAUAUGGUCUAUCUUCUUAAAUAAAUCGAAGUUUGCUAGAUAGAAUACUUGUGAUAAUAAAGCAUAAUGUAUUUAUGUGUCGAGAGAAUUUUAGGGUCAGUGACGUAACGCAUUUAGUUAUUAUUUUAACGUUCCUAAGUUACUAGUGGAUUAGUUUAAAGUACUCUGAGCACCGCUGCAAGGAAAUAUGUGAUGUGUUGGUAAAUUUGAUGCCACAUAAAUAUAUGUCCAAUAUAUGUAUAGUUUUAUUUUAAAUUAUUCCAAUUUGUAAGGUUCAGAACUAUCGGUUUAUUUUAACUUGCUUGAAUCUAACUUGUGGAAUCUUAUAUUCCAAAAAUAAUGUUCGGAAUAAUACUUAUACGAAAUAUAGAUAAGAAAAAAUUAGGUCACUAUUAGGUUUAAUUAAAUAGAAUAUUUUUGUAUUCAUAGCAAUACUCAAUUUUACAAAAGAAAAUAAAAACGGUUGUGAAGUGUUCUCAGAGAUGCAUCUGAAAGGACAGAAAGAUAUGAAGAAUAUAAUGUGUGUAUGUCUGUUUCCCUUGUACGCUGUAAUGAAGCAGAAUAAGAAUCAUAAUCUAAGAUAUAAUUCAUUUAUCAAAAAUGGAAGAAUAAAACAAUAUUUUUGUAUUUUGUCCAGUAUUUUCACAUGUGUAUAGAAAAUAUAUUUUUUAAAUGUGAAAAUGUUCUGCACAAUUUAUUUCGUUAUAAAGGACCAAUUUAUUUUUACUGUAAAAUCUCUGGUGUCCUACGCUGGUCACACAGAAGAUAAGUGCAAAAUAAUGAAGAAAAAAUAAUAUAAAAAGCUCACAAAAAAGUUUUCUAUACAUUUAAAUUGGUUCAUGAAAUUUGCAGAUUCUUUUGUUGAUGUUUUUUGUGAAUUUUUAUUUUUAACGAUUUUAAUGAAAUUUGACAAAGAGGUACACAAGACGUUCAGACUUCAGGUGUAGCAUAGAUUGCGUUUACUAUUCUUUUCACGUUCAAAAAUCAAGUUUGGAAUUAAGUUUAAAUAAAAUAACUCAGAUUUUUUCGUUUUUACAAAUAAUCAUUUAGGUUAUUUAAAAAUCCAAGAGCAUUUUUAAUUAAGUACUUGUAAAUUUCCAUUGUUUCUUAUAUUGCGUUUGUUUUGUCCGGUACUUUCCUGAACACACUGUAUAGAGAAGUUUGUAAAUAAAGCUGUACAUUAUUGUGCUCACUAAGUGCCAAUUAUUAGAUAAGUAGGUAAUUUUUAUUGUGAAAUGUAAGGUUUAUCGUAGACUGAUUUUAUGGUUUCCACUUCACAUGGGUUGACUUUGUUGUCUCAUAUCUUAUUUGAAAAAAAAAAAAAUAACAAAUUACUCAUUUUCCACUUGUCUAUUUUUUACGUUUAAGAAAAUUCGAAAUUUAAAUAUCUCGAAAUUUCGUCGAUUGUUAUCCUAAUUUAUUAAAUGUGUGAUAUUAAAAUAUUUAUAGGUCGGAGUAUCUAUUGUAGCACAUCUAGAUAAAGUAUUAUAAAAUGUUGGAUAAUUUUUAUCGCUUAAUUGAUACUUAAAAAAAUAAGUGUGGUGGCCAUUUUAACUAGAAACAGAGUGCCAAAUUCUGGUUUAAGAGAAAUCGGAACAACAUUGCCUUAUUCAAUAGUAUAAUGAGUAAUGUUAAAAGUAAGUUACAUGCAUUAGUUAAGCUGACAAUUUAUUGUGAGUUAAGGCAGCUUCCCAUACAUUCCUAUACUAAUUAUUAUAUAUUUCUAUAUAUUCUUUAUAAAAAAGUUGUUUGUCACCACAUGGUUCUAAGAUACUUGUGACUAAAAAUAUGUUGAAGCUAUAUCACUUAUUAACUAAAAGUCUGGGAUGAACCUUAAUAUUUCUUUUGAUAUUAUGUUUUAUUUGAUUGAAAUUAUGUUUUUGUGAUGCGACAGUGAUGUCAAGUGAAAUAAAAAUAUUUAUUUUUGGCA